CGUCUCAGCUGCUAGGAUCUCUAAUUCUCUUAGCGAGUCCGGACCGUCCGCCUCCAACUCGGAAGGGCUUCGGCGGCUGGGGCGGCGAGGCACGCAGGCGGCGGGCGGGAUGAGCGCGGCGCGUGGCGGAGCGGUGCGGUCGCUGCGGGUGCCCGGCCGCCACGGCUAUGCCGCCGAGUUUUCCCCAUACUUGCCGGGCCGCCUGGCCUGCGCCACCGCGCAGCACUACGGCAUCGCGGGCUGUGGAACCCUGCUAAUACUGGAUCAAAAUGAAUCUGGGCUUAGGCUUUUUAGAAGCUUUGACUGGAACGAUGGUUUGUUUGAUGUGACCUGGAGUGAGAACAAUGAGCACAUCCUGGUCACCUGUAGUGGUGAUGGCUCGUUACAGCUCUGGGACACCGCCAGGGCCGCAGGGCCACUGCAGGUCUACAAGGAGCACACUCAGGAGGUGUACAGUGUUGACUGGAGUCAAACCAGAUGUGAACAGCUUGUGGUGUCUGGCUCAUGGGAUCAAACUAUCAAACUGUGGGAUCCAACUGUUGGAAAGUCUCUGUGCACCUUUAGAGGCCAUGAAAGUGUCAUUUAUAGCACGAUCUGGUCGCCCCACAUCCCUGGUUGCUUUGCUUCAGCCUCAGGCGAUCAGACUUUGAGAAUUUGGGAUGUGAAGACAACAGGAGUCAGAACUGUGGUUCCAGCACAUCAGGCAGAAAUUCUGAGUUGUGACUGGUGUAAAUACAAUGAGAAUUUGCUAGUGACAGGGGCAGUUGAUUGUAGUUUGAGAGGCUGGGACUUGAGGAAUGUACGACAACCAGUAUUUGAACUUCUUGGUCACACCUAUGCUAUUAGGAGAGUGAAAUUUUCACCAUUUCAUGCUUCUGUGUUGGCCUCUUGCUCCUAUGAUUUUACUGUAAGAUUCUGGAACUUUUCAAAGCCUGACCCUCUUCUUGAAACAGUGGAACAUCAUACAGAAUUUACUUGCGGUUUAGAUUUAAGUCUUCAGAGUCCUACUCAGGUUCCUAAUUUUCUCAUUGGCUUCUUCAUCCAGAAAAAAGAUUAAGACAGCUUACAAAAUACAAAAACAAGACCACAAGAACAAAACGAGACAUAAAGUGGAGCCAGGAGUGGGCUUGAAAAUAUAUGCCUUAAAGUCCUAGAAAGUUGCUACUGGCAGCAUAAAUGGGAAGUCUGGUCAAGUACACAAUGCUGCCCAAGGCCUGAGGGCAAGGACUUCGUCCUAGUCCCUGGCUUGGCCCUAGCACCAUGCCUGGCACAUAGAAAGUGCUCAAUGAAUAUUUGUCAAAUGAAUGAAUGGUCUCACAGAAAGUAUAACUCUUUUCAGUUCUUAGACCAAUCAGUGCUAAUUGUUUUUGAGAGGCCCCCACAGAGAGGACACUGCUUCACAUGAAGGUCGUGUAAGGAACAAGGUGCUCAAACACAUCCUGCGAUGUGUCACGAUGAUUAGGUUGGUUCAUAGAGCUGCUUUGUGUUGCAUGCAGUUCAAUAAAAGUGGGUUCACAGUGAAUGUUCUCUGUAUCGGCAGAAUUUAUAAUAGACCUUUUAAAAUACCUAACCCAGAUCAUAUUUACAGUGAAAUGAAAUUACUUAUUUUUCUUUUAGAAUGCAAGAGAUUUUAUUAAAAUAAUCUACCAUGUAUCAUUUGAAACAAAUACUUGUGAUUUUAAAAACUAAUAUCUCUCUUGAUUUAUUUCCCCUCUAUUUUGGGGAUGUUAGAGAUGUCUAGAACCCUACCUUCAUAAUACUUAACUCAGGUGCUUGGAGUCUCUCAGUCUGAAGGAGGGUGGGUGAACAUUUCUUCAGUGAGUUCGCUGAGCUAGGACUGGCAAACUAGAGGAAAAGGAGCUGGAUUGUGUCCUGAAAGGGAAUGCACACGAUUUUUGAAUUCUUGGUAAUUCACAAACCGAGCAGCCUCUGGACUUUAGAGGACAACCAGUCCUCAUUCUUCUAGUUGGGAAAAUUAGAAUUUGUCUCCUGGCAACUGAGUUCUUGGGUUUCAUCCUGCCUGCCCCGCCAAGCUCCUCCUGCACCUGCAGUGACGACACAGCACUGAGGAGUGGAUGCAGGAGAGGGGAACCCAGGUCACUGAGCGUCUUCUGUGACCUGGGCAUUACGUGAGAUGCUUUCUGUAUCUAAUCCCCUUUAAUCUUUAUAACACCCCUGCAAGGAAGCCCUCCCAUUUUCCAGACAAGGAAACGAAGGCUCUCGGGAGUCAUAGUAGCCAGGAAAUAUGGAGCUGGAAUUUGAAAUCUGCUGUGACUGGAUCUGGUCCUGCCAUGUGGCCACCUUUUCCUAGGAAUAACAGAAAUUGGCCCACUGAGAAAUAGUAAAGCUGUGGGACAUUCUGGUGACUAGAUCCUGAUCGUUCCUGAGAAAACUGGCAAAAUUGUGUUUCCAAGUCUAAAGCGCUAAGAAGCUGACCCGGGGUCUGGGGUGACCCUGAGGUAUGUCAACCCCAGGGAGACCCAGGCUGAGAGCCAGCUGUCCCUUCUGCCUUUGGCAGUGAGUGUUCUCUGUAUAUCUUAGCUAUAAUUUGGCUCUUCCAGCAAUGAACUCAUUAAUUUCUUACUUAACUGGCCUCUUCUUGAAAGAGAUAAUCCGCUUACAUGUUUUUGACUUCCAUACUGACUACUCCCAAAUCUCCUGCCUUCCCCACUUGGGUCUCCCUCAGCCUUUGCACUCAUUUUCUUUCUACCAAAUUCAUCUUGCUCACCAAAUGGGCUCCUCCUGCACAUGCUUUUUUCAUUUGUUGUCAAUACUGUCCACCCAGGCGCUCAAGCUAAAGACCUAAAUGCCAUCCUUGUUCCUUUCCUUAUUCCCACCUCUCCAGUCCAAGGCACAUCAAAUAGGUCACCAAGUCCUAUCCCUUUCACACCCUAAAUACUUCUCCAUUCUGUCUCUUCCUCUCAAUCCAAACACCACUGCCCUCGUUCAGGCCAUCAUUAGCUUUUCUCUGGACGAUCACAGCAGCUUCCUCAAUGCUUUGUCUGUUUCAAGUUCUGUACCCUCGGAGCCAUCCUCCUCAACACAGCUGCCGGAGGCUGAUCCGAAAUGCAAUCUGACUACAUCAAUUUCAGUGUAAAACUUUUCUCUGCUUAUAGGAUUGUCUACGGGAAAAAGUUCAAGCUCACUAACCAGGCAGCCAAAGUCCUCUGGGGCUAGCCCUUGCCGCUCUCUGCAGCAUUGCUUCUCUCCACAUUGUCACGGACUUUGUGCUCCAGCAACACCAGUGUGCUCACAAACUCCCUGUGUAAAUAAUGCAGGUUUUCAUUUCUAUCUUAGCUUAAGGUAAUCCAUGUGCCUGGAUUACCCUGCUCUUGGCUUGGCAAAUUCUUACCCAUCAUUUAUUUGAAAGUCAUGUGAAAUGACUAAAGAAAAAGUUUGACAACACACAAAAAUUAAAAUAGCAGAACACACUCUUAGCAAAGCUAAAAGAAGACGUAUUGGAAGAAUAUAUUUGCAGCAUACGUAACAAAUGAUUUAAUAUCCAGAAUUUAUAAAGAGCUCUUAAAAAUCACUAAGAAGACAACCAAACAUAAAAGCAACAAAGGAUAUCAAUAGGAAAACAAAUAUUUAAUAUACUUCAAAAGGAUACUUAGUUGAACUUUGUCUCAUUGAUGACAAAGAAUUUUUUUGCUUAUUAGUUUGGCAGACAUUUAAAAUAUUGAUAAUAUCCAAUAUUGGUUAAAGCGAAAGUACUGUUAUAUACCUUUUUGGAAGGCAGUUUGGCAAUGAAGGUUUUAAAUUAGCUGUUGACCCAGCAGUUUCAGGUCUAGGAUUCCCUGCCUGUACCCAGCCUCCCCCACCAAAUCCUUACAGAAGUGUCUAAGAACAAAUUUCCAAGUGUAAUCAUUACAUCAGUAUUUGGUAAAACCUAGACGCCUGUCUGGAGAAGAAAGAUUAUAUGAUAGAACAGUCAUUUAAAAGAAUAAGGUAGAACUAUGUGUGCUGACAUGGAAAAACAGACUGUUAUUGAUAUGUGUAUUAUCUACUUCUGUGUAACAAAUCACCCCAAAACUUAGCAGCUUAAAGCAACAAACAUUUAUUUAUCUUACAGUUUCUAGAGGUUUGGAAUCCAGGAGUAGUUUAGCUGCACUGUUUUGGCUUAGGUUUUCUCAUGACAUUGCAGUUAAGCCGUCACCUAGGUCUGCAGACAUCUGAAGCUCAGCAGGGGCUGAAGGGUCAGCUUCCAAAGUCACUUACAUGAUUGUUAGCUGGCCUCAGGUGCUCACUGUGUAGAACCCUCCACUGGCUAGCUGAGUGUCCCUACGACAUGGCAUCUGGCUUUCCUCCAGACUGAAUGAUACAAGAGAAAGAGAAAAUUCAAGAUGGAAGCCUCGGUCUUCUGCACACUAAUCUCAGGAGUGACGCCAUCACGUCUGCUGCGUUCUACUGGUCACUCGGACCGACUGUUGUACAGCAUGGGAGGGGUCAACAGGAGUGUAAACAUGAGGAAGCCAGCCAUCUCUGGGGACUCUCUUGGAGGCUGGUUACCACAAUAUGCGUUUAUAGACAAAUGUGUAUGAUAUCCUAAUUUUAUUUUUUUUUAAAGGGAGAAUUAUGUAUGUAUACAUAUAUGCACAAGAAAAACUGAAAGGUUCACGCCAAACUCUUAACAGUAUCCAGCUCCGUGUAGUGGGUCUGGGGGUGGGGAAUAUUGAAGACAGCAUGUUCACUUAUUACUUACAAAGUUUGUUUUCCUUUUAUGUACUAUAAUGAGCAUGUAUUACUUUUACAAUUAAAAUAAUGA